AAAAAUUUAUAAUGGGGUACGUAAAGGCCAACGACCUCUUUCCUUCCUAUUCAUGACAUAAACCUGUUUUGUUCAAAAACCCUAUUUACGUACGUCUCCUCCUCUCGCUUUUCACCCUGGAGACGUUCUCACAUUCAAAGCAGCCAUGGUAUUUUCAAAGUAAUGUGAUUUCCAUCUUCCAAAACAACAAUGGUGAAGAUCAUGUAGUGGAUCAGAAGACAAUAUCAAAGUGGGCUAGAAAGGUUAAGCUGUUUCACAUCAAGCUAAAGGAAUGAGGAAUACAAAGUUCCCUAUACGCUAUCUAAUCGUCAUUUUGACCUUCCUUUGCACCUGUGUAUGUUACAUUGAACGUGUAGGCUUUUCAAUUGCAUACACAAUUGCUGCAGAUGAUGCAGGAGUUAGUCAAUCAAGCAAAGGCACCAUUCUGUCAACAUUCUAUUACGGGUAUGCUUUUUCUCAGGUCCCUGGUGGGUGGGCUGCUCAAAAGAUUGGAGGAAGGCGUAUUCUCCUUUUCUCAUUUGUGAUAUGGUCUUUAACAUGUGCAUUAUGUCCAUUAGACCCUAAUAGAGUAAUGGCUCUAGUUAUAGCUCGUUUGCUUGUUGGGGUAGCUCAAGGGUUUAUCUUUCCCUCUAUUCAUACGGUUUUAGCACAGUGGGUCCCACCACACGAAAGGUCAAGAUCUCUUUCUCUCACAACUUCUGGAAUGUACCUAGGUGCUGCUCUUGGCAUGCUUUUUCUCCCUACUUUAGUGAAAUUCAAGGGCCCACAAUCUGUUUUUCUUGCUGAGUCAGCUUUAGGUGGUUUAUGGUCACUUCUUUGGCUAAGAUUUGCUAGUGAUCCACCUCGUUCUGAUCACCCGAAAGCAACUGCAGCUGGUUUUGGAGAAUAUUUGUUGCCAAUUAGAGAUUAUCAAAAGUUGAAGGCAGAAAUAAUAACUACUCAAAUCCCAUGGAGGAAAAUCUUUCUGAGCUUACCUGUUUGGGCUAUUUUAGUCAAUAACUUCACAUUCCAUUACGCUUUAUACGUUCUUAUGAACUGGUUGCCAACAUACUUUGAACUUGGGUUGAAGUUCAGUCUUCAAGAAAUGGGUUCUUCUAAAAUGAUGCCAUAUCUGAACAUGUUUGUUUUUUCAAAUAUUGGUGGGAUUAUUGCUGACCACAUGGUAACAAACAGAAUCUUGUCUGUGACAAAUACAAGAAAGGUUUUGAAUACUGUAGGGUUUUUAGUGUCUGCAGUCUCAUUAAUGUUGCUUCCUGUUUUUAGAACAUCUGAAGGGGUGAUACUGUGUUCUUCAGUAGCUCUUGGUUUUCUUGCAUUAGGAAGAGCUGGAUUUGCAGUGAAUCAUAUGGAUAUUGCUCCUAGAUAUGCUGGAAUUGUGAUGGGUGUCUCUAAUACAGCUGGCACUUUAGCUGGUAUUGUUGGAGUUGAGCUUACUGGGCAGCUUCUAGAAGCUGCAAAAACCAAGAAUUCGGAUCUUUCUAGUCCCAAUAGCUGGAGGGCAGUUUUUCUUAUACCUGGAUUACUCUGCAUUGCAAGUUCUGUCAUUUUCCUUUUAUUUUCAACUGGAGAGAGAAUAUUUGAUUGAGGUUAGUAAUUGUAUUAUUAUUCCUCAUGUAACACACAGCUUGUGGUUUCAUUUGAUAGGGUUAAAAUGCACGAAUAGCAACAUACUUUCAUUGA